GCGUCACACGGCUCACAGCAACCUCUAACUCUUGGGCCCACGCGAUUCUCUUGCCUCAGCCUCCCGAGCAGCUGGGACUACAGGUGCCCGCCACAACACCCGGCCAUUUUUCCGUUGCAGUUUGGCCGGGGCUGGGUCCGAACCCGCCACCCUCGGCACAUGGGGCCGGCGCCCUACUCACUGAGCCACUGGCGCCGCCCCCGACAGGCUUUUUCACCGCUGGUGUCAGUUCCGUGUUCCCCAGCGCAGAUGUCUCUGAGGGUUUGGUUGAUCGCGAUUAGUGUUUCGGGGAAGUCCGUAAUGCGGGAAGCAGGUUUUCCGUGGAUUUCGUUAUAGUGGUUUUGGAGUUCAUUGUUGGGGCCUGUGGCGUCCGUUGGUGGUUCUCUGUGAUGGUGGUUUCUCGGUUUCUAAGAGUCUCUGGAGAGCCCUUGGGCCAGAUCUUCCUCCAGAAUCCAGCCCACCUCCUCCUAGCAACUCUGUUGACAGAUGACUCCAAAGCUUCAGGCUCAUUAGAAAACAGGGGUUGAGACUAAGUUGGCCAUGCCUGCUAAUUGGAUCUCACCACAGAGAUUCCCAGCCCUGUCUCCAGAGGAUGGUGACAGUUCAUAUGAGGGAUCAGUGUCAUUAAGGGAUGUGACUAUAGAUUUCAGCAGAGAAGAAUGGCAGCACCUGGACCCUUCUCAGAGAAACCUCUACCGGGAUGUGAUGCUGGAGACCUACCGACACCUGCUCUCAGUAGGAUAUCAAGUUCCUGAAGAAGAGGUUGUCACGUUGGAGCAAGGAAAAGAACCAUGGGCUUUACAGGGUGAGAAUCCACAUCAGAGCUGUCCAGGACAAAAAUUAUGGGACCAUAAUCAAAGUGGAAGAGUCCUCAGUUACAAACAAGCAUUCUCUCAACAUCACAAAAUUCAUCCUGGGGAGAAAUCUUAUGACUAUGCUGAAUUUAGAAAGAUCUUCACCCAGAAGUCACAGCUCAAGGUACAUCUGAAAGUUCAUUCAGGACAAAAACUCUAUGUGUGUAUUGAAUGUGGAAAGGCUUUUAUAGAGAAGCUAGAAUUCAUUAUGCAUCAAAGAACACAUACCAGACAGAAGCCCUAUAAAUGCAAUGAAUGUGGAAAAUCCUUUUUCCAAGUAUCUUCUCUCUUUAGGCAUCAAAGAAUUCAUACUGGAGAAAAACUCUAUGAAUGCAGUGUAUGUGGGAAAGGCUUCUCUUACAACUCAGAUCUCAGUAUACAUGAGAAAAUUCAUACUGGAGAAAGACACCAUGAAUGCAGUGAUUGUGGAAAAGCAUUCACACAAAAGUCCACACUCAAGAUGCAUCAGAAAAUUCAUACAGGCGAGAGAUCCUACAUAUGUAUUGAAUGUGGACAGGCUUUCAUUCAGAAGACACACUUAACUGCACACCAAAGAAUUCAUACUGGAGAAAAACCAUUUGAAUGCAGUAACUGUGGGAAGUCCUUCAUAUCCAAGUCACAACUUCAGGUACAUCAACGAAUUCACACAAGAGUAAAGCCCUAUACAUGUACUCAAUACAAGUUCUUUAACAAUACUUCCAACCUAAUCACACAUAAGAAAGUUCAAAUUAGAGAGAAAUCUUCCAUAUGUGCAGAAUGUGGGAAAGCAUUUACCUACAGAUCAGAGUUGAUUAUACAUCAGAGGAUUCACACUGGAGAGAAGCCUUAUGAAUGCAGUGACUGUGGAAAAGCCUUCACUCAGAAGUCAGCACUCACAGUGCACCAGAGAAUUCACACAGGAGAAAAAUCAUAUGUGUGCAUGAAAUGUGGAUUGGCCUUUAUCCAGAAGGCACACCUGAUAGCACAUCAAAUAAUUCAUACUGGAGAAAAACCUUACAAAUGUGGUCACUGUGGCAAAUUCUUUACUUCCAAGUCACAACUCCAUGUGCAUAAACGAAUUCACACAGGAGAAAAACCCUAUGAGUGCAAUAACUGUGGAAAGGCAUUCACCAACAGGUCAAAUCUCAUUACACAUCAGAAAACUCACACAGGAGAAAAAUCUUAUGUAUGCUCUAAAUGUGGAAAGGCCUUUACUCAGAGGUCAGAUUUGAUUACACACCAGAGAAUCCAUACUGGAGAGAAACCUUAUGAAUGUAGUACCUGUGGAAAAGCCUUCACUCAGAAAUCACAUCUCAAUAUACACCAGAAAAUUCAUACUGGAGAGAGACAAUAUAAAUGCCAUGAGUGUGGGAAAGCCUUCAACCAGAAAUCAAUACUCAUUGUGCAUCAGAAGAUUCAUACAGGAGAGAAACCAUAUGUAUGUACUGAGUGUGGAAGAGCCUUCAUCCGGAAGUCAAACUUUAUUACUCAUCAGAGAAUUCAUACUGGAGAGAAACCUUACAAAUGCAGUGACUGUGGGAAAUCCUUUACCUCCAAAUCUCAACUCCUUGUGCAUCAACCAAUUCACACAGGAGAGAAACCACAUGUGUGUGCUGAGUGUGGGAAAGCCUUUAGUGGUAGGUCAAAUCUCAGUAAACACCAGAAAACUCAUACAGGAGAAAAGCCCUACAUGUGUUCUGAAUGUGGGAAGACCUUCAGACAGAAGUCAGAGUUGAUUACACAUCAUAGAAUUCAUACUGGGGAGAAACCUUAUGAAUGCAGUGACUGUGGGAAGUCUUUCACUAAGAAAUCACAGCUGCAAGUGCAUCAGCGAAUUCACACAGGAGAGAAGCCUUAUGUAUGUGCUGAGUGUGGGAAGGCUUUUACUGACAGGUCAAAUUUGAAUAAACACCAGACAACACACACAGGAGACAAACCAUACAAGUGUGCAAUCUGUGGUAAAGGUUUUGUUCAGAAAUCAGUGCUCAACAUGCAUCAGAGUAGUCACACUUGAGAGAAACAGAGUAACACCUCACUGAGGACGGGUUUGAUUGUACAUUAUUAAAUCCAUACAGUGGAGUAUUAUUUUAAAUUGAAAUAUCCACAUCAAAUGUCACACAUUAGGGCCAGGCAAGGUGGCUUGUGCCUGUAAUCUUAUCACCCUGGGAGGUUGACGCGGCUGGAUUGGCUGAGCUCACAGUGAGCCAGAGUGAGACCGCGUCCCUAAAAACAGAUGGAUGUUGUGGCAAGCACCUGUAGUCCUAGCUACUUGGGAGGCUGAGACAAAAGAGUUGCUUGAGCCCAAGUGUUUGAGGUUGCUGUGAGCUAUGAUGCCACAACUCUCUAUUGAGGGCGACAAAGUGAGACUCUGUCUCCAAAAAAGUCACCCCAUCAUUGUUCAGAAGAUAAUAUCUGAGAAUGUACUGACUGAGGAGAGGUAAACUACAUUGUCACCAGCCUCAUUAAACCUUAGACAUUCAUACUGAGAUGGAUCUGAGUCAAUUAGGAGCAUUAGAAAAAGCCUUCUCAUGAAAACUGUGAUGAAAUACUGUUACCAAAUUCUUCAUAAGAAAGAUUAUGUUAAUGAUAAUCCUGUUUCCUGUGGAAUAGUAUGGUACCAACAAAUUGAAUGGUAAAACACAAUAUAUAUAUAAUAGUGAUAAAUCCUGAGGUUUGUGAAUUGUUUUUUCUGGAACACCUGUGUCUAACAGAUUCAUGGGUGAUUUUUCAUUCUUCUUUUGAAACUAACCUAGUCGUGCAUAUCUAAUCCCCCCAUUACAUAUUAUUAUCAAGAGAGAUAUUACAAUUUUAAAAGUCCUUAUAUACACAUAUAUAAACCUCAGAGUGUAUUUUGACUCCUCGUUGUCACCUAGCACCCCAACCCACAGCCACCUGCAGUGUCUCUAAGCCUCUAAAGCCAUCGGUACAUUGUCUUUUAACCCACAACACAGUGUCAUGUGAACUCCCACCACUUUCCUGACAGCUUUUCAGUUAAGAAUUUUCUGGUUCCCUGGGUCAACUGAUGUCUCUCUUCUGUUGUCACAGUUCUUCCCACUCAUUUGCCUUCCUUAAUGUUACUUUCAUAAUAACAAAUCAAUAACUCGUGAAAAAACCAACACCAACAUAUGUUUUGCUCUCUGCUCCGUGUCAUCUUUGUGCCAUGCACUCCAUAAGAACCUUCUCCUCCAUGUGUCUCAAGCACAAAUGUGACCAUUCAGUUCCUGUCUCAGGGUCUUUGCGUUUGCAAAGUGGCCUCUCCAAAGAGCACUUCUUCAUUUUAUCUGUGUGGCUUGUUCUCUCAUGUCUUUCUUUCCAUGAGAAAAGGAAAGAAAGGCCUCCUCACAGGCCUUCUCUACCUUUCCCUGCCUUACUUGGUUAAAAUUCCAGCCUUGCACCCUUCCUUCUUUAUAUGUCUUCACACCAGUUACUACCAUGAUGUGUUUCAUAUUUUGCUUCUACACUAGAACAUAUGUCCCUGUUUUAUUCCCUAUGACCCUAGGCCCAUGCCUACCUUAUAGAAAGUAUUCCAGAAACGCACACUGUGGAGCAUUGACCCCUGCUUAUUAUUUCUACCUGAUAGCAUGGACAUCAGACAAUUAUGUUUGGAAACUCAUCAUAGAAACAGUGUACAUACCCUCACAACUGAACAUCACUAAGGUCACCCUCAAGGUACUCCCCUUGGGAAGCCAUGCACCAACACCAGUACCUAGUUCACCCCUGAAAGCAAUUUUGGAACUCUUUUUCUGGAAUGGUCAUUGGAGAUGCCAUUGUAUGAAGUCUGACAACUAAAUUCAUGAACUCAUCCUAGAAAGUGCUACAUAUCUCAUUGCUGAAUAUCACAACAGUCACCAGAUGGCCAAGCUGACACUUCAAAGGUGACUGAAUGGGCAUUGUGACCUAGGGUUCCCCUGCCAGCACAAGGCAUGGAAAGUCAGAUCUGCCUGAUCACCCACCAUGCCAGAUGCCUAAGAAGAAUUUGCAGAGGGAACCCUCGUAAAAGGGAUCCCAAGAAUAUCUUCCUGGGUGAACUAGGAAAUGGAUUCUGUUGAGAAUAUGGAUCGAGAAAGAAGAAAAGUCUAAGCCCCUGAGAAAAUAUGGGACAACAAAAGAUGGAAGACUUAUGAUGGGUGGUAGCCCACGCAAGAGAAAUCACUCCUCACUGCCAUGUGAAUGUGGAUGAGGGAGGGAAUGCAAAAAGUGGGGAUGGAAUCCUAAAGGCCACAGAUUGAUUGAAAUCUACUGUUCCUUCUAUGUCCUCUGCUUCUUAAUCCUUGGGCCAUGGAGUGAGAUGUGACCCUAGGAGGAAAAGAGCAAUGGAGAUAGCAUCCCCUUCCUUCAUAUCUGUCUGCACCUCUCGUGCACCCCGAGAAUGGCUUCCUUCUGAGAUUUCUGUCAACUAUGAAGGGGUCCCCUUAGACUAGGAAAAGCCUCUCCUAUGCCAGCUGGUCAGAGUGAGCCCUCC